CUCUCUUCUCUCGUAUAAAACAUGGAUUAGGAAGAACUUGCCCUGAGUUUGUUUAACACUGGCGCCAGUUAGCACCUCGGAGAAGUUGAAGUUGAGGACAACUAAGCCUACUGUCUGCGGCGCAGAUUACUUGGUCUCCUCUGAAACUUGGAAUGGCGUCUGCCCAUGUGACUUUGGUUUUGUAUCUGCUUUUGAUGGGGUCUGUUUUGUUCUAUUGUUUGUUCCUAUGCUUUGGCGUGACUUUGUUCCCUCCUUGAGUGGCAGGUCAAUACAAAAUAGAGAGGGAUGGCCAAGCAUCACCCUGAUCUGAUUAUGUGCAGGAAGCAACCCGGGAUCGCCAUUGGCCGGCUGUGCGAGAAGUGUGAUGGCAAGUGCGUCAUCUGUGAUUCCUACGUUCGUCCUUGCACACUUGUGAGGGUUUGUGAUGAAUGCAACUACGGAUCUUUUCAAGGCCGGUGCGUUAUCUGUGGAGGAGUUGGAAUUUCGGAUGCCUACUAUUGCAAAGAGUGUACACAACAAGAGAAGGAUAGGGAUGGAUGUCCAAAGAUUGUAAAUUUAGGCAGUGCCAAAACUGACCUCUUUUAUGAGAGAAAGAAAUAUGGAUUUAAGAAAAGAUGAUCAUAAGAAUCAUCACAUGUACUUUGAUUUUGUAUAUUAUCUACUUGGGUAGAUUAUGGCAUUACUAAAUCUUGGAUCAUGUUUAUGCAAACAGGAACACGUGUUUAGAGACCCCCUUGCCGUAUUUGGCUGGUCCUCAUGAAACAAAGGAUGCGUGUCUCAUGUUAGGAUUUGUAACACAAUAUCUACAAAGCGAGGAGUUAGAUCAAUUAAGGGGGUUCCAUGA